UGGGGCACCAACAACCACAAAAGCCAAUCCAACCACAACAGUUGCGGCUCCAGCAACAAAUGCUGCGGCACCAUCCACAACAGCCAAACAAAGCACCACCACUGUGCCACCAACGACAACAACAGCUACUCCAACCACAGCAAAUGUGACUGCGACUAUGAAAGCUGCAGGAGAAUCCACGACAGCCGAACUGUCCACAACCACUGCCACAUCAACAAUCAUUACAACUACGGCUCCGACCACAACAGUUGCAGCUCAAACAACGACAACUGCUGGACCAUCCACGACAGCCGAACCAAGCAAAACCACUGUGGCACCAACAGUCACAACAGUUGCUCCAACCACAGCAGUUGUGGCCCCAACAACAACAACUACAAGACAUUUCACGACAGCAGCACACACAGCCAGCACUGUGGGACAAACAACCACAAAUGCUGCACCAACCACGACGAGUGCAGCUCUAACCACAACAACUGUGGGAGCAUCCUCGACUACAGCAGCACCAAAAUCCACCACUGCACCACCAACAACCACAACAACUGCACCAACCACAACCACUGCGACAUCAACAACCACAACAACUGCGGCUCCAACCACAGCAGUUGCUGCUCCAACAACCACAACUGCGGGACCAUCCACGACAGCAGCAACCACAACCAUGACAACUGUGACUCAAACCACAACAAUUGCGGGAACAUCCACAACAACUGCAGGACAAUCCACUGCAGGAGCACCAACAACCACCACUGCAGCACCAACAGCCACAACAACUGCACCAACCACAACCGUUGCAACAUCAACAAUCAUUAGAACUGCGACUCCAACCACAACGGUUGCUGCUCCAAUUACGAAAUCUGUGGAAACAUCGACAACAGCUGAACCAACCACAACCACUGCGGCAUCAACAAUCAUUACAACUGCGACUCCAACCACAACAGUUGCAGCUCCAACAAUGACAACUGCUGGACCAUCCAUGACAGCAGCGCCAACCACCACAACUGGGGCACCAACAACCACAACAUUUGCGACUCCAACAACGACUGCAGCUGGACCAUCCACUACAGAAGCACCAACAACCACCACUGCAGCAGCAACAACCACAAACUCUGCUCCAAACACAACAGCUGCCACUUCAACUGCUGGACCAUCUACUACAGCAGCAUCAACAACCACCACUGCAACACCAACCAGAACCACUGCGACAUCAACAACCACAACAACUGUGGCUUCAACCACAACAGUUGCUGCUCCAACAACGACAACUGCAGGACCAUCCACGACAGCAGCAACCACAACAGCUGCCACUUCAACA